CGGCUUCCGGCCGAGAGGGUGGCCGCCUGGAGCCGUCAUGGCAGCUGAGGAGAAGGACCCCUUGAGCUAUUUUGCGGCUUACGGGAGCAGCAGCUCCGACUCGUCGGACGAGGAGAACAGCGAGCCUGAAAAUGCGGGUCGCAAGGAGGCGACCCCGGCUCCGACGACGGGCGGCCGCGGGAAGCAGGCGGAGAAGCGACUGCCGGGCCCGGACGAACUGUUCCGCAGCGUGACCCGCCCGGCAUUCCUCUACAACCCGCUCAACAAGCAGAUCGACUGGGAGCGGCACGUGGUGAAGGCGCCCGAGGAGCCUCCAAAGGAAUUCAAAAUCUGGAAGUCCAACUAUGUGCCGCCCCCGGAGACUUACACUACGGAGAAGAAACCGCCGCCGCCGGAGCUGGACAUGGCGAUAAAAUGGUCGAAUAUCUAUGAGGACAAUGGUGAUGAUGCCCCACCGAAUGCCAAGAAAGCCAGGCUUCUGCCGGAAGGGGAGGAGACAGUGGAAUCAGAUGAUGACAAAGAUGAGCGUGUGUCUAAAACGCGCAGGAUAGAGCCAGGAGAAUCAGCCAAGAAGAGGAAGGAGAAAGCUGGUGGCUAG